CCAUCCACUGUCCAAGCAGGAGGGCGAGCGGCAGCCAUGGCCAAGAAGAAGAAUAAGGGAGGUGAGAACGGGGAGGCGGCGGCCGGCAACCCAGCAGGAGGAGCAGGACGAGGAGGAGAAGGCGGCAAUGAGGAGAAAGACGCCGGCGGUAGCAUUACGGUCGUGUUGAAGGUGGACAUGCAUUGCGAGGGCUGUGCCAAAAAGGUCAUCAAAUCCGUCAAGGGCGUUCAAGGCGUGGAAGGGGUGAAAGCAGACGCCGGGAGCGGGAAGCUGACGGUGAUGGGAAAGCUGGACCCGUGGAAGCUCCGCGAUCGGGUGGAGGCCAAGACCCACAAGAAGGUGGACCUCGUCUCCCCCGCCAACUUUCCCAAAAAAGGCGCCGACGCCAACGAUCCCUCCUCCUCCUCCGCCAAGAAGCCCGCCGCGGUCAAGAAACCCGACGACAAGAAACCCCAGGACAAGCUUGCGGUGACGACGGUGGUGCUGAAGAUUCGUUUGCACUGCGAGGGUUGCAUCCGACGAAUCCGGAAGACCAUCACCAAAAUUAAAGGUGUGGACAGCGUGGUCUUCGACACCCAAAAGGAUCUGGUCACCGUCAAGGGGACGAUGGACGCGAAGCCGCUGCCAGAGGUGCUGAAGGCGAAGCUGAAGCGGGACGUGGAGAUGGUGCAGCCCAAGAAGGACGGCGGCGAGAAGAAGGAUAAGGGCGGCGGAGGCGAGAAGAAGGAGAAGGGUGGUGGUGGUGGCGGCGGCGGAGGAGGAGGUGGCCAGAAGGAGACCAACGCAAAGGCGGCCACGGUACCGGAGCCUCCGAACGAGAUGGACUACUACGCGGGUUACGGUUACCGCAUCGAGUUGGUGCACGCGCCGCAGCUGUUCAGCGACGAGAACCCCAACUCGUGUUCCGUUAUGUGAGACGGUUUUGCUCGCCAUUGUUCUCUUUUCGUUUUCGUAGUUAAUGAUGAGAUUUGAUGUGGCGAAGGAUAUAACAUGUAUGCCCUUUCUAAUGGUACGAUCUACAUUACCAUACUUUUGCUAUAAAUGGGAUCAUUCGAGUGAUGCAAGCUGGGGUU